GCCAAUGUUUGAUUAUGAAGUAUAAGUGUUAACUUAAGUAUUAAAUAGAGAAGUUUGAGUAUACUUACUUACUUAUCAUUACCCUUACUUAUAAUAUUGAGCUCGAUAAAUUGUUAAGCUGAUACGUAUGUGGUAUCAGAAGGAAUAUAUGUAAUUAUACAACACAGCAAUCGGUCUGUAUCCUACAUUUUAUUUUGUCAGUAACGACUCGUUUAUGAACCACUACUCUUGGCUAAAAGGCAAACAAACUUUUUGAAUCAGAAUAGGUGCUGUUUAUCUAAUUUGGGAUUCGAUUGUUGAUAAUUCAUUUAUAAUUUUCUUUUUAAUUUAUAAAACGUAUGACAUAGCAAACUCAAAUAAUGUGCUUUAUAUGAAGGAAAAAAAAACAAUGUUUUUUGCACCAUUAAAUGAAUUGUUAUAUUUAUUCAAGUGAAUAUUUUAAACUUGAGUGUGAUGGUUUGGUGGUCAGAAAAACAUUUUUCUAUAUCGGUAUGUUUUUCAGAUCUUUUAAACAGUGCUUGCGUUACAAUAUUAAUAUAUAUGCUUUCUCAAAAAGACGGUUUUACUUAACCAAUAUCCUCUUUGAAAAUGCUGAUAAGAAAUACAAUGAACACCAAUAUGGAAAUUUUAAAAGAAAAAAUAUAGGUGUUUCAAAGAAUGAUUCUGUGUUUGAAUCAAAUAAUUUAGAUAAUUCAAUAGCCUUUGUGCCUAUUUCUUCUAUUAAACAGUAUUUAUUGCGGAAUGGUAUGUUAUUCACCGAAGGUCACUCCUGUAUUUCAAUUAAAUGCCCAAUCUGUGAAAAUGGUGAAUCCCAUAUGUAUAUCAAUAAAGUUUCAGGUUUUUUUAUCUGCAGUAAUUGUCAGAAAUCUGGACCUUGGAACCUACUAGAAUUGUUUCUUUCUAAUCCUAAACAUUAUCUUGCUGAGUUACCAUUAGAUCAGACUAUGGAUUAUGGUAAACGUUGCUGGGAGUCUGUUAAAGAUAACUUGCAACCAGUCAAUGAAGCAGUAUUUAAUUUUCCUCAUUUUAAAGACUGGAAGAGAUUAUUAUUAGAAUAUCUCCAAAAACUUAAUGUUAGAAUAUAUCCAGAAGAGAAAACUGUUUAUUUUCCUCUCACUCAUGGACGUAAUGUGGUAGGGUUCAAAAAACUCAAUUGUGAUCUUACAGAGGAAACUUUUCCUGACAAGUCAGCCAAAGGCAUUAUUCAACUCAAAAGAGACUACGAUACAGCUGUAAUUGUGGCCAAUAUUAAAGAUUUUCUGACGCUUUUAACAUAUCCUCUCGAGUCUGAUGUAAUAUGCCUACCUAAUGGUCAGCAGAGUUUACCUCAAGAUAUUUUACCUUUAUUUGAAACAUACCAAAAAUUAAUAUUAUGGUUUGAUAAUGAUGUGGUUUCUUGGGGCAAUGUUAAAAUGUUCGCAAAAAAGUUAUCCGAGUCAAGAUGUCAUUUUAUUAGGCCUUUGGAUAAUCAGCCCGCUGCCUACGAAAGUAUGAUGUUUGGAUACGAUAUUGCUUCAAUUAUUGAAAAUGCUCAACGUAUUUCUCAUAGUUCUAUUGUCACAUUUGCUACCCUUCGAGAAGAUGUUUUAGCAGAGAUAUGUAAUGCUGACAAGGUGUCAGGAGUCAAAUGGGAGAGGUUUCCUGUUCUUAAUUCAAUAUUGAAAGGUCAUCGUCGGGGUGAAUUAACCAUUCUUACAGGUCCUACAGGUUCAGGCAAGACUACAUUGAUGAGUGAAUACUCUUUAGAUUUGGCCAUGAAUAAGGUCACAACUUUGUGGGGUAGUUUUGAAAUUAGAAAUCAAAGAUUAGCCAAAACAAUGUUAACUCAAAUGUUUUUGGAACCCUUGGAAAAAAAUAUUAAUAAGUUCAAUGAGUGGGCUGAUAAAUUUGAGAGAUUGCCAGUUUAUUUUAUGACUUUCCAUGGUCAGCAGCCAUUGGAUGUUGUUAUGGAGGCUGUUGAACAUGCUACGUAUGUUCAUGAUGUUGCUCAUGUGAUUAUAGACAAUGUGCAAUUUAUGCUCGGGAUGUCCUCCUCUGAAUCUGGUUUUCUUGACAGGUUCUAUCGACAAGAUGCAUUGAUUGCAAGAUUCAGAAAUUUCGCUACUACUCAUAACUGUCAUGUGACCCUGGUAAUACAUCCAAGGAAAGAAAGGGAAGCGGAAGAACUUACAGCUAACUCUAUAUUUGGUGGAGCUAAAGCAGCCCAAGAAGCAGAUAAUAUUUUAAUUAUUCAACAUCGUAAAAGCCACACUACAUUAAGAAUUAAAAAGUUUUUACAGGUUGCUAAGAAUAGAUUCAGUGGUGAUUUGGGCAUUAUGCCCCUUGAAUUUGACAAAGAAUCUUUGAGCUUUAGAAGCAAAAAAGGAUAAUAAUGUACUUAAGAAAACAAUUUUAACAAUUUAUAAUUAAUGCAUAUAAUCAAAAUUCAACAAAAUGUGAUAUUAGGAUAUUCUAUAAAUUAUUGUAAGAAACUUUGUUAUAAUUUUUUUAUCUUCAAGAAUGUAAAUAAUUUUUAUAUCAUCAUCAAUAUAAACAUUUAACUACUA